AUGGAGAAACUUGGUAAAAAUGUAAGGACAUUGACUCCUGAUAAUAAUUUGAGGCAUAUACAAUUUAGUGCACUCCUGCAACCGUUUUAUCGCUCUUUACUUGUUAUUAUGUCUACGAGAAAAUUUAAAUCUGGAUGUGCCAAAAGAAAAAGGAAGGAAAAGAUUGAAAAGUUGAUUAAAUCUCAAGAGGGAGCACUUGAUAAGUUUUUUGGUAGUAGUAAACGAACACACAACGAUGACAUAGCUGCUGAAGAAGUGUUAAAUGAGAAUGACAACAAUAAUAAUACAAUUGAUGAAGGACAUUGUGUGAUGAAUGAAGAGGUAUCUAUUGACAAAGAUAAUGAACCAUUUUCUCUUGACCUUGUUGACCCAGCAAAUUGGGGAAAUAUGAAUACAAAUUUAAGAGAUUUAAUUGUAAUGAAAGGUCCUGUAAGAGAAAAUGAUCUGACUUUUCCAAAAGAUGGAGCAAAUCGACACUUCUCAUCUACACAUUACGUUCGACAAUUACCUAAUGGAGAGAAAUAUGAUAGAAAAUGGUUGAUAUAUUCAAAAAGUUUGGAUAAAGUAUUUUGCUUUUGUUGUAAGCUAUUUAAGAAUGAUGGGAUCAGAACCCAAUUGGCACAUGAUGGAGUAAAUGAUUGGAAAAAUGUUGGUGAAAAACUUAAAAUGCAUGAAGCAAGUUGUGACCACAUCAAUAACAUGAAUAAAUGGAUAGAAAUGAAAUUAAGAUUUGAAAAGACUAAGACAAUUGACAAAAGUGUGCAAGAACAAAUCAAUAGAGAUAGAGAACAUUGGAGACAAGUAUUAUUGAGAAUAAUAUCUGUGGUGAAAACUCUUACUGAAAAUAAUUUAGCAUUUCGUGGAGACAAUGAGAAGAUAUAUCAAGAAAAUAAUGGUAUCUUUUUAAGCAUAAUUCAAAUGAUUGCUGAGUUCGACCCCGUAAUGAAAGAGCAUAUUCGUUGA